CACACACACUGGAUAUUUUCUCUUUUUCUAUCUUCUUCUUUUUUUUUUUAAAGCAACAAAUAGUUACAAGGAAUGUUUAUUUUUCGCCAUCAUCCGAGACUGUUCACUCGUGAUGUUUAAUUAUUUACAGUGAGAAUCUGAUGGAUGUGGCCUGGACUGUUUUUCAAACUGGUCGCAAUCAUUCCCUAUGAUUGUUCUUGAUUUAAGAUCUGCUGUCAGUCAGAAAUGGUGGCCCGGACAGUGACCAUUGUACACCAGGAGGAGCGAGCGGGUUCAUGCUGCCCACAUCCCUCUCCUCCACCUUGGGACCCAGCAGAGGACCUCCACUGCAUCACCACCACCUUCCAGUAUCUACAGACCUCAGGCUGGUACUGGGGCCCCAUCUCAGCGAGCGAAGCUCAGGCAGCUCUCCUGACAAAGUCGGAAGGUACGUUCCUGGUGCGGGACAGCAGUCACCCUCAGUACAUACUGGCCCUGUCAGUGAAGACCCGCUAUGGACCUACAAGUGUACGAAUAGAGUACAGCAGGGGCUUUUUUUGGCUGGACUCCAUCUCACCUGGUCUGCCUCACCUGCAGUCCUUCCCAGAUGUUCUCAGCCUCAUACAGCACUACAGGAGCUCAGGCCACACCACACAGGACCAGGCAUCUGAUGGCAUUCACCCCAAAACAAAGACCGACCCUGCCCUGCACACAGCCAAAGACAGUGGAGUCCCUCUGAAACUGAUGCACCCCUUACACAAACCAGAGGCCUUCCCUUCUUUGCAGCACCUGGCACGCCUCACCAUCAACAGAUACACGAACUGCCCAGACCAGCUGCCACUCCCAAAGCCUCUGCUGUGCUACCUGCAGGACUACCCUUUCCACAUAUGAGUGUCUCUGUCCCUCAGACACAAGACACAGAUCAGGGUCACACUCCAUGACCACAUACUGUGACCCUGGGACGGUUUGACACCCCAGGCAACAGAGACUGGCUCAGAGGGAGAAUAUUGUAAUGGUUCAUGUACAAUAAACCUCAGUGCGACCUCAUGGCUCAUGAAUGAGCUUAGUCUUACUAUAGCACUACUACUGUUCUCCAGAAUAAUAAUUUUUAUUAUUUUUAUAUGUUUCAGCUACUGUUAAUCCAUUUUAUUUCUACAAUUCCAGUAUGUAAGUUGUUCUUGUUUUUUUACCACCAGUAAGAGACUUAAAAGUUUUUGCAUGUUGUGAGAUCAGUGGUUUAAUUUUGGGCCCAAACUGUUCCAGCAGAGAUAAGAUUAGAAAUAAUUUAGGUUUUCGUCUCAGGACCUCUGUUUUUCCUCUGCUUUGGAGCUGGUUGCACAGCGAAAUGUUUAUUCACUGUUCACGAAACCAAUGAACCUGAUGAACCAUGGCUAAGCUAACAGUGAUCUCCUGCAACACUCGCAACUUCUGGGCAUCAUUACGGCCAUUGCAAGAAUCACACAAAAGCUUGUAAACAUGUCCUCACAUCCUAAUUGUUUUCCUGCACUUGCAUAAAAUCCAACCGAUUGUGGAGGGGGGAGCACGAGAGGUCUGUUCCCUGCUGAGUGUCAGUGUAAUUACUCUCUUCCCAUCAAAAUACAAUGAAGAAUUAGAAUAUUUGAGGCUACACUGACUGGAAGUGUUGUAACCAAUACUAUGAGUGUGGAUAGAUUGAGGUCAGGCUGACACUACAUUACAUUCAGACUGGAGGGCCACAGGUGACUGAAAUCAUUUUUAAAAAUAGAAUAAAAGACAGGGUUACAGUUUAUGUUUUGUAUUUCUUUAAUGUCCUUUACUAAAAUCAAAUAUCUUCCAUUUGAAGAAGUGAAUCUCACCAUCUUACGAACUCCUUACUCACUAGUAUGAAAAUCAAAGGCUGUUCGUGAAAUACUAUUGUUAGCUAUUAAAGGACAUCUGUUUACAAACUGGUGUUACUCUCAGAAGAGGAUUAUACAUGCCUAAGGAGAAAUAAACCUCAUAAAUGAUUUUUCUGUUUUUCCAAAGUGUGUUUUUCCUUUUCUCUGUUGAAUGACUGGUCAUUUGAACCUACUGUAAUGAUUUCUGUUUCAGCCCUGUUUGUUUGGCCUCCUGUCAUGUUCUGCCCGCACACCAGAUGUCCCCAAACUUUGUUCCUGUUUCCAAAUGAAAAUGUCCUCCCCUACAAAAAACACAACCCUGCGGUUCAUUUGUGCAGUCAAGCAGCUUAUUAUGACCCAUAGUUACGUUUUAUUGUUAGGUGACCUUAUGUGGUGGUAGACAUUAUUAGCGGAGGAAGUGAGGUGAUGGUGUAUAAAGAGAAAAUCAGCAUGGGGAGGAGGUCAGAGUGGAUGGAUGGGUCAGUAAAACACAGGGAGUGUAACACGGGACAGCUGUUCGCUUCCCAUUAGUAAUCAGUAAUCAUCAUUGUAUCUUUUGACCUGGACUUGUUCAACUACCUUAAAUGUGUAUUUAUUAUUGUAACCAUAACGACAAAGGUCCUCUAACCUUAAUGAAGAACUUAUUUUUGCCCGAACCACCAUCUUUCCUUAAACCUAACCAAGUAGAUUUUAUGCCUAAACCUACCCAAACCGUUACUAUUCCAUACAGUAAACUGCAUGCUUAUAUUAUAACCAUGACAACAAAGGUCCAAUACAACUGUGGCAGCUGAGUUGGAGGACUUGCUGUUCCAGAUCCACCUGCUCACCUGUUUUCUAUUUCCAAUCACCAGAACUUCCCCCACCUACCUACACUACUACCCCCCCCCCCCCCCCCCCCCCCCCCCCAAGUCAGUUGCCAGAUAAUUUGCUAAUAUCUCUAUGUGUCUUGCUUUCUGCUGCUCAUACUGUGGACUCUCAUUCCUGCUACCUGUAUGUUGUUACCUGUUGUGUACCUGCCUGCUUGCCUGUCUGUCCAUCCUUGCAGCCUCUAAGCUGGGAACACCCUGCCAGUGGUGCUCCAGUUGACGGUCUCCAUUAUGUCUGGUUCUUACCUGUUGGUGUGUCCAGCCCCUUGUCAGUGGUCGUGUACUCUGGACCCCAGCAUCCUUCUCUGCAUCCAGAGUAGCCCUGCCUUCGCCGACGCCCAUCGGAGCAGUUUCAUCUGUCUGUAGAAGAGGAUUAUAU